CACACGAAAAAUUUAUUGUUGAUAUACGAAUUGACGACAUUGAAAACUUCAAUAGAAUUCAAGUCGGAAAAUAAUUACAAUUGUUAAAAAUGUCAUUCAUCUAGUUUUGUUGAUUUGUGUAUAACAAUAGAAUUUGUGUGCACACAGAUGCAAUAUAUAUUCGUAUAAUCGUUGUGAAAGUAUACACGUGAAAAUGUUUUCAACGUCAAACUCAACGGAUGCUAUUAAUCCGAAUAUUAUUACUGCGGAGAGCGAACGGUCACCAAUAGCAGGCAUGCGAAUCUUUCGUCGAUUUGGUGCAUUAGUUGGAAAUAAUCAUUCAACAAGUUCCAACUCAACAAAUGAUGGAUACGUGGAAUUCGGUAUUUCGGAUACAGAACGAACUGGCAGAACAUUGGGAACAUUUGCUGGUGUUUUUAGCCCCGUCGCACUUUCCAUGUUCAGCGCUUUGCUAUUCAUUCGAGUUGGUUUUCUUGUUGGAAAUGCUGGUCUAUAUGUGGUAUUGCUUCAAUUUGUAAUCGCAUACGCGAUACUGUUGUUUACAGUCUCUUCAGUGUGUGCGAUUUCAACGAAUGGAGCGGUCGAAGGAGGCGGUGUCUAUUUCAUGAUAAGUCGAACUUUGGGCCCUGAAUUUGGUGGAGCCAUCGGAACGCUAUUUUUUUUCGCAAACGUUGUCGGAAGUGCUUUAGCGAUUACUGGCUGUACCGAAGGUAUCGUCGACAAUCUGGGACCUGGCGGCUACUAUGGCGGCGAACAUGGACUUAUAAAUAACGGGCCAUGGUGGCGUUUUCUCUACUGUACACUUGUGAACACAUUAAUGUUGCUUGUUUGUUUGGUCGGUGCAUCGUUGUUUGCAAAAACAAAUGUACUCAUUCUGGGAAUUGUGAUUGUUUGUUUGAUUUCAACAUUUGUUUCGUUUUUGACAAGAGGCGAACUUCAGGUCCCCGUACCAAGUGACAAUACACUCGUUCAAAAUGCAACACAUCUAGUAAAUUAUACAUACACCGGACUUAGUAUGGAUACCUUACAGGCCAAUCUUUAUCCACAAUAUGGUCAAGAUUAUUCGGCUGGCGGUAGAUAUGUAACAUUUGCCAUUGUGUUUGGUGUUUUAUUCUCUGGUGUGACUGGCAUAAUGGCCGGUGCAAAUAUGAGCGGUGAAUUGAAAAGUCCAAGUCGAAGCAUCCCAGUUGGUACAAUGUCAGCGGUUGCAUUCACAUUUACCUGUUAUGUGCUGCUAUCAUUAUUCAUUGCAGCAACAUCGACAAGUGAAUUGCUAAGAAAUAACUAUCUAUUUUUGAUGCCCGUCAAUCUAUGGCCGAUUUUUGUUGCGAUUGGUAUUUUAAUGGCGACAUUUUCAACGGCAUUAUCAAAUUUGAUUGGUUCGAGUCGGGUACUUGAAGCAAUGGCAAGGGAUAGAGUGUAUGGAAGAAUUUUGGAUUUUGUAUCGCGCGGUACUUACAAAAAUAAUCCCAUUGCAGCGGUGCUGAUUAGUUGGAUACUUGUCGAAGGCAUAUUAUUGAUUGGUUCAUUGAAUUUAAUCGCACAAAUUAAUUCAGUCCUGUUUUUAUUAUCAUAUAUGGCAACGAAUUUGGCAUGUUUGGGAAUUGAAUUGACCGGUGCACCAAAUUUCCGUCCCACCUUCAAAUAUUUUACAUGGCAUACAUGUCUUAUCGGUUUAAUUGGAACGCUUACAAUGAUGUUUAUUAUCAAUUUCAUUUAUGCUUCCAUCUCAAUCAUAUUAUGUUUGAUUCUAAUCAUUUUCCUACACAUCUUUUCGCCGAUAUCACAAAAAACUGACUCUGGUUCAAUAUCGCAAGCGCUAAUGUUCCAUCAGGUUCGAAAAUAUCUGUUGAUGUUAGACUCACGUAAGGAUCAUGUCAAAUUUUGGCGACCUCAAAUGCUCCUUCUCUUAUCGAGCCCACGUACCGCAUGUCCGCUGAUUGAUUUUGUGAACGAUAUGAAAAAAGGCGGACUGUAUGUGUUGGGCCACGUGAAAGUCGGUGAAUUUGGUGAAUAUAAGUCAAAUGAGGAUCCAGUCAUUGAAGAAUACGGAAAGUGGCUAUCAUUGAUCGAUCACAUGCGAGUGAAGGCAUUUGCUGAAGUUACAAUGGCACGCACAAUACGAGAAGGCAUACAACAUUUAAUUCGAUGCUCUGGAAUGGGCGCCAUGAAACCGAAUACCAUCAUUUUAGGCUUUUAUGACGAGGAAAAUUUAACCGAUUUCUUUAUGAACGAGAGUUCUUUGUAUAAAACGGAAAAAUUCAAUACAAACAAUGAGAUAACGUUCCCAAUUAGGCCAAAUGGAGUGCGAGAUCACUUGACACCGGAGGAAUAUGUGGCGAUAAUUUGUGAUGUAUUGCGUAUGAAAAAGAAUAUUUGUUUGUGUCGUCAUUUUCAUCGUUUGGACAAACAUUUAAUUGCAAAGAGCAAUCAUAUUUUAUACAUUGACGUCUGGCCCAUUAACGUAUUUGAUCCGACCAAUAAUAAUCCGUUCGAUGUCGUUUCUCUAUUCAUGCUUCAACUGGCAUGUAUCAUCAACAUGUUGCCAAAAUGGAAAAGCUUACAAUUGCGCGUUUUCUUGUGUGAAUCAAACAAUUCCAGUCGACAAAGCAAUUUCAGUGUUAAUUCAUCGGCGUCAUCGUUUGAUCGACCGGCUGAAUUUAAACUACGGCAACUACUCAAGGAAUUGCGUAUAUCGGCGUCAAUCCAUCAGAUACCUGAAUGGUACCAAAAUGAGGAAUUCGCACAAAACGGAAACAUUCUGAAAUUGUUCACAAACAAUGGCGAUAACGAUGGAAUUGACAUCUCUGAUGAGGACAUAAAUCGAUCGAAACUGUAUAUGCAAGGAGUUAACAAAAUCAUUCAGGAUCAAUCGAAUCAGUCUGCUUGUACGUUCAUCUAUUUAGCAUCACCGCCGAACAUUAAUUCAUCAAACUGGCAGGAAUCCAGCCGUCAUUAUUUGGAGCUAUUGACCGAACUGACGGUUGAUCUGCCGCCAACAAUCCUUGUUCACGGUACACACACGGUCACAUCAACGAAUCUCUAACAUAACCACCAAAUGAAAAAUGAACUUGGCAAUCGAAAUGACAGAAUGAAUAUUGAACUUAGGACACACAGGACUAUCGAUAAUUCGAUCCAUGAUGAUUAACUCUAUUUUUUUACACAUAUAUACACAAAACACAAUAUUACUAUUACUCUUAGUUUAUAGCAUGUAUUAACAAUGUAUUAGUUAGAAGCAAAGAUAAAAGAGAAUCUAUCGUGAUAGGAUGCACACAGUGUGUCAGAUACGAAUAUGCGUAAUUUCCCAAAAAAAUAAUUGAUAUUUGCAUACAAUAGUGAUAGUGGUAUAAAUAUUCCUCAAAUGUGUCGUGAUUGUAGCAUUGUGACGUAAACAAAAAAAAAGUAUAGUAUUUUUUUAAACGUAUAAAUGUUAAAUGUUCCAAUUGAUGAUAUUCUUUUUAGAAAUAAAUUGACAAAUCUUCCGACUUUGGAGUAAAAUCAAAACAACGAUA